GGAGGGGCCCCCGGACAGGGAGGGGGCCCCCGGACGUCCCGCGGAGCUUUCUGUGGCUCCGCCCCUGCGUCACGUGACCCCCGCCUGUUGCUGCGCAGCGCAGAAGAAGAGCGGCUCUCCUUCCGCGUUCCUCCAGAUCUGACGGAGACGCGGACCUGGAGGGACAGACACACCUGAGGAGCAGCUGUUUUCCGGCAGGUCGGCCAUGACGGUUCUGAUAUGAAAGCCGAUGCGGGUCCAGUUCCAGCUGCCGAGCCGUGGAGCAGAACCAGCACCACGAAGCCGGACGAGAGGACGAUGACCUCUGACCCCCAGCUGGACUUCUUCCAUAAGCUGGGCUUCUCCACGGCUCAGGUCCGGGCCGUCCAGAGGAAGUUCGGCGCCGACACCGACAAGGUUCUGGGAGAGCUGGUCCGGGUCGGAGCCGGCCCGCGGAUCGCCGUGUCGGUCCUGGUGCCGCGAGGCGACCCCGAGGCCCCAGGCCCCGAGCUGCUGGUCCCCGUCCCCGACCCGCCGACCCGGAACCAGAACCGGAACCAGGAGGACGGAGACGCCCUGAGGGCCGUGGUGAUCGACGGCAGCAACGUCGCCAUGAGCCAUGGCAACAAGGAAGUUUUCUCCUGCCUGGGGAUCCAGCUGGCCGUCAACUUCUUCCUGGACCGGGGCCACAGCGACGUCACCGUGUUCGUCCCGUCCUGGAGGAAGGAGCAGCCCAGACCGGACGUCCCCAUCGCAGAUCAGCACAUCCUGCGGGAGCUGGAGAAGAAGAAGAUCUUGGUGUUCACGCCGUCCCGCCGCGUCGCAGGGAAACGCGUCGUCUGCAACGACGACUGCUUCAUCGUGAAGCACGCCUUCGAGUCGGACGGCGUCGUCGUGUCCAACGACCUUUACCGCGACCUGCAGGGCGACAAGCCCGAGUGGCGCCGCUUCAUCCAGGAGCGGCUGCUCAUGUACUCCUUCGUCAACAACAAGUUCAUGCCGCCAGACGACCCGCUGGGCCGACACGGACCCGACCUGGAGAACUUCCUCCGGAAGUUCCCGAAGACGCAGAAGAAGCCGCCGUGUCCCUACGGGAAGAAAUGUACGUACGGGACCAAAUGUAAGUUCCAACAUCCAGAGCGGUUCAAACAGAACCCCGGCCCGGUUCCGGACCCGAACUCGUCUCUGGUGGACGACCUGGCCCGGAAGCUGACUCUGGCCCAUGGCGGCGGUUCUGGAAGGAAACUGGAGCCGGUCCGGUCCGGACACCGCUCCGGCAGGAAGUCCCAGUCCAGGAAGGAGAAGGUGGGCCAGCAACCGGACCACGGACCCGUCCGGAACCAGGGCUCCCAGGACCAGCUGGACUCCGGCCUGGGAUCCAUAGACAGUCAGAACCCGUGGAGUCUCCCCGACCCGAAGUAUGCCGCGCCGUACGGAACCGGGCCGGUACCGUUCUGCAGCUGCUGCUCAUACGGCCCGUUCCGGAUGGUUCAGGCCGACCCGGCCCACUACAGCCCGACCCAGUACCCCAGCUGUGGCCCGGUUCCGCUCAGCAGGCCCGCCUACAGCCAGCCUCCAGGCUUCCAGCACUGCAGAGUCCAAACCCACCAGCACCGGUACUGGUCCGACCCAUUCGGACGGAUCCCCGAGGCUCACGGCCCGGCAGGGGCCCGGGGCGCUUGGGAGACUGGUCCAGGUCCAGAACCGGGUCCGGAGCAGAGGGAGGUGGUCCGGAAGAAGCUCCUGGCCAUCUUCAGCGCCCAGCUGGUGGACUCGGCCAUGGACCGGUUCCCCCAGGUUCUGGACCCGCAGGUUCUGGUGGCAGAGAUCCUGGCCCUCCAGAGUCAGAACCGAUCCCUGAGGUGAGUCCGGUCCGGUCGGAUCGUCCCUCAGACCAGCAUCAGUCGGUGUGUUUUGGUAUCGUGGUAUCCACCUGGGAACAAUCCCAGCGCUCUGGAUCCGGACUGGGUCAGACCCGGUUGAACCGGGUCGGGUCAGACCGGGUCGGGAACCAGUGCUGGUCAUCUGAUACAAAUUGUAUCUUUAUUUAAUUAAAGUAACUAAUUGGGCCUGAGCUCGGCCCAUUUAGAGCGUUACCGGGUCAGAACCUCCAGAACCGUUUCCUCCAUGAUGUUCUCAUUCAGACAGAAACACCUCGACCUUUGACCUCAGUCAUAAUAACCAUUUUUACAAAAUAAAUUCAUGUGAAAGGGAUUCAGGGAUCGGUUCUGACUCUGAUUAUUUUUAGGCUGACCGGUCCGGUCCAGACGAACAGAACCAUGAGGUUCUGACCAAACAGAAACGGACCUCUAAACCGGCUUUAUGUCGAUUGGAUCUCAAUCAUUUUCAUGUUUAGAGCCAAAAUGUGGAAGUAUUGUUAACUCUGGCCAGAGGGGGCAGUAGUGAGCUGCAGUGCUGGUUCCGAGCUCCAACGAAUCUCUGCGAUGGAAACCAUGGCAACAGUUUGUAAAAUCUAUCUGGAAGGUUCUGGAAGGUUCUGGUUGUCUCGGCUUGUGGAUAUUUGGUUUAAAGAGGAAAGUUUCUUCACCUCUGGAACAUUCUGGAACCGUUUUAAUCCGAUUUUAAUCUGAAAUCUGAACCGGUUUAGACUGGACAGGUUAGCUUGUUAGCUUGAGCUAAUCCUGGAUGGGAACAGGUUCGCCUUAAUCUAAAUGAGGUUCAGCUCUGCUGCUGACUGAGAAUUAUUUUUGAUUUUCCUGUUUUUGUUUUAUUUUUUAAAAUAAAGGACCUUUAAGGAACA